GUGUACCAACUUUUCUGAAGAGAGCAGAUGGAGACUCGUACAUCUUAUGAGCACAGAAGUUGGGGAAAAUAUUUUUUUAACGUCACCGAAUACGAUUUCUGAAAUUUUAAACAUAAGAUAAUAUGUCUAUGAAGUUGUUAAGUGAAAGACACGUAAAGUGAGUUUAUGUUUACAAGUGACGUCAGCAGCAUGCAUAGAUGUGAACACAGUUCGUUCACAUGGACAGUGUUUAUAUCAUUCCUGAUGAUAAAACAGCUGCAGUCUGUUAUAUCAUCAUCUGUGGAGGUUCAAGUGAAUGUUGACAAGCAGCUACGAAACUUGAAGCACUUUUGGAGAAGCACUGGAUUCUGCCCUCCACUGCCACACACUGAUGCACUCCUGUACGAUCUCAGUCCAGACCAGCAGAUGAAUCUGGCGUUGAUCGGCUCUGUGCCACACAGAGGGAUCCAGCAGGUGCGGAUACACUGGAUGCUGGAGCUGGUGUCCGCACGAGUUAACAGUGGAGAAUAUCACUACAACUUCACUCACUUAGACCAGCUGAUUGACCUUCUCUGGCAGAACGGACUGCAGCCGGGGUUUGAACUGAUGGGCAGUGUGUCCAACACCUUCAGCAACUUUGAAGACAAAAGACAAGUUACUGAAUGGAGAAAUUUGGUCUAUUUGAUCGCCAAAAGAUACAUAGGGAAAUAUGGCCUCAGAUUUGUCUCUCAGUGGAACUUCGAGACGUGGAAUGAGCCGAACAACCACGACUUUGACAACAUCACUGUGUCAAUCCAAGGGUUUCUAAACUAUUACGACGCCUGCUCUGAGGGCCUUCGUGCAGCGAGUCCAGUCUUGAAGUUCGGGGGUCCGGGAGACUCCUGUCGUUCUCCACCCCGCUCGCUGUACUGCUGGGAGAUGCUGCAGCACUGUUACAACGGCACAAACUACUUUACUGGAGAGACCGGCGUACGGCUAGACUACAUCGCACUACACAAGAAGGGAGGUGGAAGCUCGCUGCCCAUCCUGCAGCAGGAAGUGGCCACUGUACGCGAGAUCCAGCAGCGGUUUCCUCAGUUUGGUUCUGUACCGAUCUACAAUGACGAGGCUGAUCCGCUGGUUGGCUGGAACAAACCGCUCACCUGGAGAGCGGAUGUCACCUAUGCAGCCAUGGUGGUUAAGGUCAUCUCACAGCAUCAAAACCUGCUCAUCGCUGACCAGAACAGUACCGUCAACUACACGCUGCUUAGCAACGACAAUGCUUUCCUUAGUUACCACCCACACCCGUUUACCCAGCGCACGCUCACCGCUCGAUUCCAGAUCAACAACACAAACCCGCCACACGUGCAGUUUCUGCGGAAACCUGUCCUGACUGUGAUGGGCCUGUUGGCAUUGUUAGGUGAGACUCAGGUGCAGGCUGAGGUGUUGACUGUGAAUUCUUCAGUGGGUGUGUUGGCCACCGUUCACGUCCCUCAGGUGCGGUACACAGCCGAUAGCUGGCAGACCACCGUCCUGCUGUAUAACAGCAGAGAUAACCAGACCUCCUCCACCGCUGACAUCAUCAGUCUGCGUCUCGCUGGAAUACCUCAACGUGUGGGUCUGAUGUAUGUGACACACUACAUGGAUAAUAACGUGACAAACCCCUUUAAACUGUGGGAGAGCAUGGGCAGCCCUGACUAUCCCAAUGAACAGCAGUUCAAAACCCUGCGGAGCCAAGAGGACCCACAAACUGAUGGACCUCUGCCGGUCCCAUCCGAUGGCUCUCUGACGCUGAAGACAAUCCUCCCUGUCCCCUCAGUGCUGCUUGUACACAUAUGUGCCCAGUCUAAAGAAAAGCCCAACCAGGUGAACGGGGUGCGUUUCAUAACCGUCACCAAAGGACAAGUUCUGAUCAUUUGGAAGGAUCACUGCAUCGGCACGAAGUGUAUAAAGACAUACGAAGUGGAAUUUUCCAAAGAUGAGACCACUUUCCAGAGGAUUAAUCACAGAGACACUAUUUUCACAUACUUCACUUUUUCUCCAGAGAGUCUGGAGGUCAGGGGUUACUACAGAGUGAGAGCCGUGGAUUACUGGGGAAGAAAUGGAGAAUAUUCUGUCACAGAGAAAUAUUCAGAGAACCGGUAGUCUUGAUCAGCCAGACUUUUGACUGUCCACCAGGGUUAUUAUAGUUAAAGGGAUAGUUCACCCAAAAAUGAAAAUUGUUAUAAUUUCUCACCCUUAUGUCAUUCCAAACCCGUAAGUCUUUCAUUCAUCUUCAGAAAGAAAAUUAAGAUCUUUUUGAUGAAA